AUGUCACUCGAAAAUCGCGACGAGGCCAUUCGAGAGGCCAAGAUCUUCGUUCGCCAAGUCGUGCGAAAUGACUGGGAGUUCGACUCUACUUUAUACGCUGAUGGGAAACGUCCUGGCCCCUCGACCUCCUCCACUCUCACCGACGGAACUCUUUGCGAGGGUCGUCAGGUUGUUGAAUGGCGAUGUCGAGAAUUCGAUAGCGCAGGCUCAGAGCUUGAGCCGCAAUCGUCUGAUAGUGACUCGGACUCGCAAUCGCCAGGGAGGGCUUCAGGGGACCCUGCGAUUGACAGACGGCGCCAGCGCCGGCGGCAGAUAGAAGAUGAGAUGGCUUGGAACGAGGGGUUGCGAAUGUUCAUGGCUAGACGGGACGCAUGGUCUGGGGCAAGGACACAGCGCCAGAUUCGCGCAAAAGAACAGAAGCGCAAGCUUGCUGCUAUGCAAGAUCAGACAAACGGGUCGUCUGAUGUGAAGGGCGUGAACGCCGCAGAGGACGGUGGUGCGGGGAUUCCCCCGCCCACGGACGCCCGGGCCCACGGUGAGACUGGUGACACCAGUAUGCUUGCAAACAAAGCAGAGUCAUGUCUUUCUAUUACAGAGAAGGAGAAGGUUGAAGAGCAACUGCGCCGUCAAGACCAAGAUGAAGAACAAUCAACCGCGCCCGACGAGGAGACCAAGCGCAAGGAGUCCACAGAAACCUGCAUCACCGAGCCGGAUCAGACCAUCGGCUAUACUCCGCGCAUCAACACUGCUGAAAUUGAUGAUAAGGACUCGGGUGAAGAGUCGGACUGUGAAGAGGAAGAAGAGCUCGACGAGCCUCUUAUUCCCGUUGCGCCUCCGUUUAUUUCAUCUGCCAACCCCGUCCGCGCAACAAUCACUCCUUCAAUCUACCCUUCCAUCUACACCAAAGUCGUCGUACAGGGUAUGACCCCCACCAUCCCCGUCAAUCUGGCCGACUUGACCAAGGCAAUGGUUCAAGGAUGGAAGGCAGAUGGACAGUGGCCCCCGAAGCCAGCUGUCUCAUCCAUCGUUCUCCAAGAUGACGCCUCUGUUCCGAAAAAGGCUGCCGAUUCUCCUGCAGACGGAGCUCCACAGUCAAGGCGAAAGAACAGUAUCACCAACGCUAUGCGCAAGGUGUUCCAUAUGGGCGCGCAUCCAUUCCAUCGCCGUGGAUCAACUAGCCAGGAUGCCGGCGCCGGAAACGGUGCCAACGGCACUGCCGCUUAA